AUGGCGGAUCAGAAUGUCGCCGCUCUUCUCGCUGCCCUGAGUACGUUUCCCCCCCCCCCCCCUCUUGAAUUAGUUACCUCUUCUUUGUUGCCAUCCCUCCCGACCCUGCCUGCCCUGCUCUAGAUUCUCCUCGUGCUAAUCGGAGGUCUCCUUCCGAUCUUACAGCAAGCGCACAGCGACCCCCCGGAUCCCAGGGAGGACCGCCAUUGCCGCAAGGUGGCCCCGCGGGAUACGCUGGAAUUCCCGCAGGUCUGACCGGUCAGCCGCCUUCGCAAUCCGUGACCUCCCCUCCGCUUGGCUACUCUCUGCCGCAGCCAUCUGCAUCAGGUUCCCUCGACCUCAGCAAUAUCAAACCUACAACAUCCGGGAAGGUAUCUCUAGAUGACGCACUCGCGCGAGCAAAGGCUAGAGCUGCCGAGAUGGGGAUCCAACCCACUUACCGGGAGCAAGCACGUGAGUUUCAUUUUUUCAUUUUUUUUUCUUCUUCUUCUUUCACAUCUCAUUUUUUCAUCUGCCCCUCCCCUACUGGCUUCUCCAUGUGACGGAGGGAGUUGCUUAUGCCACUGUGUAUUUAGCCACACGCUACGAAGACCCACGAUCAAGAUACGGUUCCCGUCGUUCCCGAUCCCGCACUCGCUCCCCGCCCUCCCGUCGUGGCGGUGAACCCUUCAGAGAUGCUUACAACCCCUUCCGCGACGAGCGUCGUGCGCGCGCUAGCGCCGAGUACGGUAUGCGCGAGCGGGAGCGUUCUUACAGUCCACCACGGCGGGGCGGUCCGCCUGGGGCUGGCGCGGGAAAUCCUUAUUCCCCGCCUCCGGCGCGAGCAGAGAGGUACAGCGGCAGUCAUAGGGCGCGCUCGCCACCUCCGGAUGCCGAACAGAUGAACAUUGAAUCGUCGCUUGUUGGACUAAUCAUCGGUCGCGGUGGGGAGACCCUGAGGCGUGUGGAGCAGGAGACGGGAGCUCGAGUCCAAUUCCUCACAAACGGCCAGGAUCGGGACAGUGGUGGCGAACGGGUCUGCAAUAUCCAAGGCACACGCCCGCAAAUUGGGGCCGCAAGGAGAGCCAUAGAGCAAAUUAUCGCGGAGAAUGGUCCAUCCGGAGGCGGAUUGGGAGGCCCUUCCGGAGGUGCCAGUGGUCGGGGGAAAUUUGGUGGAAGCGGAGGUCAGCCCAACUUGCGAGACGGAGGUUUGUCUGCGGUUCCUCUUGGCGACAGUGGUAGCAAGAAAUAUCUUUCUCUCCUUUUGCCGUUUUAUCCUUUUUUUUUUCUUUUUUCUCCCCUUUUCCUUUUCCUUCCCUAGCUAUCCUAUUCUUUUUUCUUGAUCUUGAUAAAACCAUCCUGCUCGCCAAGAGGAUCUUUUUUGAUAAUCGCGGAAUUAGCUCUGUGCCGUCUUUUUUCGAAAAAGAAAAAAAGAAAAACUCAACUUUUUUGUUGAUUUUGAACUCUUAUACUGACUGAGUUCCCCUUGGGGAGUCAGAAGAUAGCAUACAGAUACUUGUGCCCGAUAGAACUGUUGGCUUGAUAAUUGGUCGUGGCGGCGAAACAAUUCGCGACAUUCAGGACAAGUCCGGUUGCCACGUUAACAUUGUUGGCGAGGCAAAGAGUCAGAAUGGCCAACGCCCCGUUAACCUUAUUGGGUCGCCCCAGGCGGCGGAGGAUGCAAAACGGCUGAUAAUGGAAAUUGUCGAAAGCGAUAAUGCGGGUACUGGACCACCGCCCGGAAUGUCAAGGCCCGAGCGGGGUGGGGCACCUGGUGGUGGGGGUGGAGGCGGAGGUGGCGGGUAUUAUAGUGGACAUGGCGAUAACGGCGGAGGCGGUGGGGGAGGGCGUGGUGGGGGAGGUGGAUCGGAAGGGAGAUUAACUGAAACCAUCAGGGUUCCUAUAGAUGCUGUUGGCAUGAUUAUUGGGAAAGGUCCUUCAUCUUUAUCCAUCCUAUAUCUCCUGAGUCACUAAUGAAAACUAGGUGGAGAAACAAUUAAAGAGAUGCAAUCCUCGACCGGCUGUCGUAUCAAUGUCUCUAGUCAAUUUCAGCAAGGUGACCCUGAACGCGAAAUUGCCCUAGCAGGGACCCGCGAAGCAAUCGCCCGCGCACGCAUCGCAAUCGAAGAAAAAGUCGAAUCAUCCGUACUUCCCCUCCCCCCCUCUCAUCCCGCACACUAACAACUGCGCAGACACGCAGCGCCCCCCCAGCCCGCCCCGGCCACUUCUCUACUCCCUCCGACCAACAGCAGCAGUCUCAACAGCCCACUUGGCCAACCUACGCUCUCUCACAGCCCUCCUCAAACUCUCCUCCCGCCCUAUCAACUUCAAACACUGCCGCCACCACCGCGGCCACUGGUGUAGGGGGAGCACCACCGGGCGUCGCUGGUGCAGCCCAGGAUGAUCCGUACGCCCCGUACGGCGGGUAUCAGGCCUACUGCACGAUGUAUUACGCUGUGAUGAUGCAACAACAACAGCAGCAAUCGCAGGGUGGUGCUGCCCCAGGCACUUAG